GGGGCCGGGCCGGGCAGCCCGAGAGGCCGGAAGGUGCUGGGCUGGCAGUCGCCGGCCCUAGGGGGCUGGAUGGUCGAGGGCGCGGGGUCCAAGCUCACCAGGGAAGCUCAACGGGCGGACAGCGCAGCGAGGGUCGCGCUCGGUACAAGCUACGUAGCGCGAGAGCGGUGGCCAUGGCUGACCAACGCGCGGCGAAGUCGUCACCGGCGCCGUUAGUCCCCGGGUUGGGAGGGCCCUGCGGAGCCUGACCCAGCGUGGCUGCAGCGCCCCCUGCGUCCCGGAGGGCACCGCACAGCUCGACCGGCCCAGCAGGCGAGUGUCCUCAGUCUUAGGAGGCCGAGUUCCCUGACCUCCGGCGCAGCUCCAGUGUCAGCACCUGCCGCCCUCCCCGCCCCGGGCCCUUGCCCAUAGUCCCGGGGGAGUGGAACACCUGGCAGCGUGGCCGCCCUCAGGGCGUUGCCUGGGCCGCAGCCGCGGCCUGGCCCCCGGGCUCUCAGCUAUUAAGCCGCGCUCCCGGGGCGGGGCGGCCGCCCACCUGGUCGCGUCCCGAACACCUGGCCAGGCGGUGGGUGCCAGACUUCUAGCCCCUAAUUCCAGCCUCUGGGGCUUCGGGCACCGUGGGCGGGGCAGCCGGCUCAAGUUUCUCCGGCUAGACGCGGAAGCACGCCCCGCCCUAACCGUCACCCGCGCGACCGUUGGCCUCUCCGCAGCGCGCGGAGAGGGGCGUGGCCGAGCGUGGAUUGGCUUCUCGGGUUCUCUAGGGGGCGUGGCCAGGUGGUUUCUCCUUAAAAUGGCUCCAAGUCUGCAGGCAGCCAAAGCAAGCGGAAGGGCAAGCUGUGAUAGUGUUUGGGUGGCUGUUCGGCUGGCCCAGACCAGGCCGAACCGGACCAGACUUGAAGUAGAAGCGCGUGGAGCAUCACCUUGUCCUCGUUCACUCUGCUCGCGUCCUGGGAGUCCCCCGUCCUGAUCCAAGUCAAGGGCCUACUGGCGCGAGAGUCGCUGGCCCCCGCGCGGGGUUUGAGCAUCUCGGCACGCCGGCUCUGUCGUGGCCUCAGGGGAACAUUGUCGCUUUCGCUACCCGCGGGGCCGGGCGAGCGGGAAGCUCGGCACAGUGGGAGCCUGGUGGUGGGUCUCCUGGGGCCGGUCGCAAUGGGUUUCCGGGGGUCCCGCGGCUGCUCUGUGGACCCCUUCGGCCCCUGGUGCUCCGGGCGCUGGCAGCGUCACCGGACAAAGGCCACCGAGCGCGGGGGUGUCCCCGAGGUGGACGCGCGGGUUUACUUCCUCUCCGGCCCCACGGGCGCGCUUCCCUCCUGACGGAUUCCGAAGCCCGCCCCACCACCGUCACCGCACCAGUGGCCCAGGCUUCGUGGGACCAACAGGGCUAAUCCUGCCCCACGGAUCUAAUCCGGAUCGGGACCCGGUCCCAGGGGAGGCCCCCACCUCCCCUUCUAUUGUUCUGUGGCCCAGUGACGAAUAUUCAUCAUGUGUAAAAUGGGAGAAAUGAAAUGUUAUUAAAACAAACAUGUGAGACUUCGAUGAGAAGAGACGGUACCCGGUCUAAGCGCCCACCGGGUCGCGAGGAUCCUUUUCCUGGUUAAGGCCUGGUCACAGCGAAAGAACCCUAGGCCCAGGGAGGGCCCCGAGAUUUCAGAUCCGGGGCCCGGCUGUGCAGGUGGACCACGCGGAAGGGGCGCUGGGGGCGGUAGGUCGAAAGCAGCCGACAGGGCUCCCACUGGCGCACCUGUCCACUUACGGGGACCACCGCCGCACCCCCGCCCCAGCUAGUCGGUCCUUUCCGGAAGUUCCACCUCCCUAAAUUUUUUUCCGGUUCCGCUUACUCCUUCCGGUCACCAUGGCGACCAGGCGCCUUGGGGUGGGGGAGACGCUGGGGGCCCUCAACGCGGCCCUGGGGCCAGGCGGUCCGGUGUGGAUCAAGGAGACGCGCACCCGCCACCUGCGUUCCCGAGACUUUCUGGCACCGCACCGCGCGCUGCAGGCGCGCUUCGAUGACGGCCAGGUUCCGGAGCAUUUGCUCCAUGGCCUCGCCUGCGUGCAGGGCCCCGGUGUGGCCCCGGUGCUGCGCUGCGCGCCGACCCCCGCGGGUCUGUCUCUCCAACUGCAGCGGUCCGCCGUCUUCGAGCGCGUCCUCAGCGCCGUGGCCGCCUAUGCCACGCCCGCCUCGCCUGCCUCGCUGGGCCAGCGCGUCUUACUACACUGCCCAGCACUGCGCAGCUCCCCCUGCGCACUCCGCUUGAGCCAGCUGCGUACGGUGCUCGUGGCCGAUCACCUGGCGCGAGCCCUGCGCGCUCACGGGGUGUGCGUGCGCCUAGUGCCAGCUGUGCGGGAUCCGCACAUGCUGACCUUCCUGCAGCAACUGCGGGUGGACUGGCCCGCUGCCUCGGAGAGAGCUUCCUCCCACACCCUGAGGAGCCACGCCCUUGAAGAACUUACCUCUGCUAAUGACGGGAGGACACUGUCCCCUGGCAUCCUAGGCAGACUGUGUCUGAAGGAGCUGGUGGAAGAACAGGGCCGCACAGCUGGCUAUGACCCCAACCUGGACAACUGUCUGGUGACUGAGGAUCUCCUCUCUGUGCUGGCUGAGCUGCAAGAGGCUCUAUGGCAUUGGCCCGAGGACAGCCACCCAGGCCUGGCUGGGGCCUCAGAUACCGGUACAGGCGGCUGCCUGGUUGUACAUGUUGUUAGCUGUGAGGAGGAGUUCCAGCAACAGAAGUUGGACCUGCUUUGGCAGAAGUUGGUUGACAAGGCUCCACUCAGACAGAAGCACCUGAUCUGUGGCCCUGUGAAAGUAGCUGGUGCACCUGGCACUCUGAUGACUGCCCCUGAGUACUACGAGUUCCGGCAUGCCCAGGUGUGCAAGGCCUCAGCACUGAAGCAUGGUGGGGAUCUGGCACAAGACCCAGCCUGGACAGAGAUCUUUGGUGUUCUCUCUGUGGCCACCAUCAAGUUUGAGAUGCUGAGCACAGCCCCACAGAGUCAGCUCUUCCUGGCUCUGGCUGACAGCAGUAUCUCCACGAAGGGCACAAAGAGUGGCACCUUUGUCAUGUAUAAUUGUGCCCGUCUUGCCACACUCUUUGAGAGUUACAAGUGUAGUAUGGAACAAGGUCUGUACCCCACUUUUCCUCCUGUGAGCAGUCUGGACUUCUCACUGCUACAUGAUGAGGGUGAGUGGUUGUUGCUCUUCAACAGUAUCCUCCCCUUUCCGGAUCUGCUGAGCCGGACAGCAGUGCUGGACUGCACAGCCCCGGGGCUCCACAUUGCUGUACGCACAGAGAUGAUAUGCAAGUUCCUGGUACAGCUCAGCAUGGAUUUCAGCUCCUACUACAACCGGGUACACAUCCUGGGGGAGCCUCGACCACACCUCUUUGGUCAGAUGUUCGUCCGCCUGCAGCUUCUGAGAGCUGUGCGUGAGGUGCUCCAUACUGGCCUGGCUAUGCUGGGUCUCCCUCCACUGAGCCACAUCUAAGGCCACAGAGGCUCCAAUACCUGGGAAUGUUCACAAAGUCAUCAACUGGAAAAAAAGCAAAAACUCACGGCCAAAAUAAAUUGGUACUGUUUGUUACAAA